GCUUAUGUUUGCUUUAAGAUUUGCACUUGAGCCACUGUUUCUUUAAACCGUAAAAGGGCUUUAUUUCAAUAAACCCUGCCUACGAGUCUGGUCUGAGCAAGAGUCAGAGCAGACCUUCAUUAGCUGCAUGCCACUCGUAUAGUCAAAGUGUCACGUGGCUGCAGGCUCAAAAAUAAACAACACAAUUUUAACAGUUGUGAUUUCCUUUACAGCAAGAGAAAAAGGAAAUUGCAUCUUUCAGGAAACGGAUCGAGAGGGCUGCCUUUUUUCAUAUAGAAUCGUGUUAGAGAGUUGAAGCCAAGGUGGAACCAUGGACGUGGACACUGCCUUUCUUAAAUCCAGGAGGGGCAUCGUGAAAUUUUCAGAAAUGGGCACAAUGUUUGUUGCAUUUGUGUGUUUUGUCGUGGGGUCGCCACCGAGGUUCACGGCCGCCUCGGCGUUGGAGUUUCUGAUCACAUCCCUGCUGCUGUUGUUCUACUUCCUGAAACUCAACAAGAGGAUGACUUUCUUCUUUUGGCCUCUCGUUGAUGUAUUCAAUUCGGUUUUUGGAGCCGUCUACCUUACUGUCUUCAGCCUGAUGGCUAUGACUUCGUACACUGUCUCGGGCACACUGGCUGGAGGGAUUCUGUGUUUGGGGUCUGCCGGGCUGCUGUGUGUCGACAGCUUCACCCUCUCCAGAAACAUCACGUUCAACAGACCCAGAAGUGGAACAGAAGAGACACUUCAAUGAGAAAAUAAAGCACUCUAAACCACUCAAACAGCCUUUGAGUGCAGAACGCAAGCAA